CUUUACUCUACAGGUUUUCAUUUACUCAUUGCCCAUUCUCAAAAAGGAUGGCUAUCAAAGAGCUGUGUAAGUACAUCGUUAGUUUACUAGUAAACAAACUGUAUAUUAAUAGUCAAUAUCCUUGCUAUAGACUGUGGUCGAAGGCAUAGACAUCACCAAUAAAUUGAUUGCGUUCAGGAAGAAGAGUAUCUGGGCGACAGAGAAUUUAAAUAGCUUUAACUCGAUGAGAUUGCCGAGCUUGUCAUUUGUGCUCCCUGUCGACAGAUGGAACAAGGCUGGAUGUAUUUCAAGUUAUUUGAAGGAAGAAUAUGAGAAUGCCUUACUUAAGCAGGCUGACCAAGGCAUUCAGAUUCUAAAAGUAUCAGACAAUGCAAUACUUUUCUGCAAGAGGUUGAUCGAUGCAAAAGACAAAAGAAGACGGGUACGUGAAGCCGUCAUACAUUUGCUUUGUAUAUGUUUUUCUAAAUAAAGCUCUUUUUUAUAAACGAG